CACUCCUGCGCCUGUGCGUUUCCGGCUCCUGGAGCGUCCGCGUGAGUUUGAGCAAGUGCUUCAGACACAUCUCCUGUAGGGAGCUGGCGAAGUCAGGGGAGUCGUCCUGGGAAUCGGGGUGCCUCGGCGGACCCGCGGGGCCCCGCGGAGGUAAACAUCGUGCCCUAUGUAGAGUGAUUGGGCUUGGAAUUAAAUGAAGUAGCCCUUGACCUCAAAGAAUUCUACUCUCUUUCACAAACAACAACGACAACACCAAAGAUUGUAUCUGAUUAUUGUGGAAGCCUACUGUACACACUGUAAAUUUUUCUUGCUUAAGCCAGAGUCCUGCAGUUAUCCUGACAUCAGUUCCAGACAGUUGACCCCCUGGACAACAACUCAACUAUAUGAAAUCAUGGCCGGUUAUAAACCUGUAGCAAUUCAGACAUAUCCUGUACUUGGUGAAAAAAUCACCCAAGACACUCUGUACUGGAGCAAUUAUAGGACUCCUGUUCAGAUUAAGGAAUUUGGUGCAGUGUCCAAAGUGCACUUUUCUCCUCAGCCUCCAUAUAACUACGCAGUCACAGCUUCUUCGAGAAUCCACAUUUAUGGCCGGUACUCUCAAGAACCCAUAAAAACCUUUUCCCGUUUUAAGGACACAGCAUACUGUGCGACUUUUCGACAGGAUGGUCAAUUGCUUGUCGCUGGCAGUGAAGAUGGUGUAGUUCAACUUUUUGAUAUCAGUGGGAGGGCUCCCCUCAGGCAGUUUGAAGGCCAUACGAAAGCAGUUCAUACGGUAGAUUUUACAGCUGACAAGUAUCAUGUGGUCUCUGGAGCUGAUGAUUAUACAGUUAAAUUAUGGGACAUUCCAAACUCCAAAGAAAUUCUGACAUUCAAAGAGCAUUCUGAUUAUGUGAGGUGUGGCUGUGCUAGCAAACUGAACCCAGACCUUUUUGUAACAGGGUCAUAUGAUCAUACUGUGAAGAUGUUUGAUGCCCGGACAAAUAAAAAUGUUCUCUGUGUCGAGCACGGGCAGCCAGUGGAGAGUGUCCUGCUUUUCCCCUCUGGAGGUCUUCUGGUGUCUUCAGGCGGUCGUUACGUCAAAGUCUGGGACAUGUUAAAAGGAGGACAGUUGCUUGUGUCCUUGAAGAAUCAUCAUAAGACUGUGACGUGUUUGUGUCUGAGCAGCUCUGGACAGAGGUUGCUCUCCGGCUCACUAGACAGGAAAGUCAAGGUCUACAGCACAACUUCCUACAAGGUCGUCCACAGCUUUGACUACACAGCUUCCAUCUUGAGUCUGGCACUUUCUCAUGAAGAUGAGACGAUAGUUGUGGGGAUGACCAAUGGAAUACUGAGCGUUAAACACCGGAAAUCAGAGUCAAAGAAGGAAUCUCUCCCGAGAAGGAGGCCUGCAUAUCGAACCUUUAUUAAAGGAAAGAUUUACAUGAAACAGCAGGAUGACAUCAUGAUCAACAGACCAGCAAAGAAGCACCUAGAAUGGUAUGACAGGGACUUGAAAAGUUUCCGAAUAUCAAAGGCACUUGACAGAGUCCUUGAGCCUAAUUGUGUAAUAAAGACGCCCGAGGUUACAGUUUCCAUCAUAAAGGAAUUGAAUCGGAGAGGAGUCCUUGCCAAUGCUCUUGCAGGUCGGGAUGAGAAGGAGAUUACCCGGGUUCUGAACUUUUUGAUAAGGAAUCUGUCUCAGCCAAGAUUUGCCCCUGUUUUGAUUCGCGCUGCUGAGAUAAUCAUUGAUAUAUAUCUGCCUGUGAUUGGCCAGUCACCCAUAGUUGAUAAAAAGUUCAUAGUACUUCAAGGACUCGUAGAAAAAGAAAUCGAUUACCAAAGAGAACUCCUGGAAACCUUGGGGAUGAUGGACAUGCUGUUUGCCACCAUGACGAGGAACAACAGCGCCCCUGUGGCAGAGCAUGUGCCUGCUGAACUCCCAGAGGAGGAGAAGACAGAGACACCCCGUCAGCCCGCUGACGUGGACAAGAGCUGCUAACUGGGAGUUGUUUGACUCUUAAUCGCUGAGAAGACGGCAUCUUCAAGACAUUCAAAGAGAUAAUUUAUAGGAGUUUUAUGGAAGAGACUGGGUUAGUUAUAAUUGGGAAAUAAGUACCUGUUUGAAGACAUGGUUUUCCAUGUAUUAAUUUGGUUGAUUUUUGUGGCAUCUUCUGCUGGAAGAUUUUAGGUGUUUUGGUCACAGUGUCUUGUCGACCCUGGAUGAGUUGAUACUGAUUUUAAUGGAGUCAAACCUUGGUUGCUGUGGGGCAGAGUUCUGCCAAGGGAACAGCACCUUGGUUUUUGUUUUGUUUCUACUUCUAGCCUGGGAAAUAUCAAGAACAAACAGCAACAGCAGAACCUCUUUCUCUGUUUGCAGUGCCCCUGAGAACUUUGGUCUCUUUUGCUGUUGUCCUUGAAGUCCUGGGUCACACAUUCUCCCCAGCUGCUUGUGGGACUGUCUUCCAAGUGUGGCAGAUCAUAGACUAUUGCUCCUGGAAGCAUAGUUAGGGUGUUAGUCCUUGCUUACCUAUGAACUGUGCUCUCCACGGUGUUGUCUUUAGUUUGCUUAUCAGGACAAAGUCCAGAGCAAUCUGACUGAACCAGUCCGUCCUAGUGUGCUGCCUUCCCUCCAGCUUCACCUGCCUCAGUCUGUGAGAAGGCUGUCCUGCCUUCAAGGUAAUGGUGCAUCAGCCUGUGCGCAUGUUCAGAACAGUUCUCUUUCCUGUACCUACUCUUCUUUUUCUCUGUUCUUUAUGUUGUGGGUCUGAACCCUAAAUGGGGCAGUUUGCUUUGAAAAAUUGUGGUUUUGAAAGUUCAUUGUAAACCUUAUUUUUUUAUAAAAAGAUUCUUUUCUUUUUGACUUUCUGAGGUGUGUCAAUUCCCAAUGGCCAGUCAGUGACUUGUGACCAGCAUACUGGUCCACAGCCAUUACUUCCCUCCCUUCCUUUAGCUCCCUUACUUAGGUUAGGAUGUGUUUGAUGACGGCAUCUUGAGCUGAAGGAGCCCUUGGGGAAAGAUUUUGUAAUGAGUGCUCAUAAUCUCAGUUUUAUAAACUUAGAUUCCUUAAAGCAGAAGUGGGGAUAUGUCUGGAAUGUUCUGGUGUUUAAGUUCAACAAUAGGGUAUAUAGGUUCCCUUUAGUGAGCUGAAACAGUUCUACAGUAUGGUGUCUUGUUUGCCUUUUUGAGUAGUUACAUUAGUCACAAGUGAGAGCUUGUGCUUUAAGGUUGAAAGGGUUGACCUACUUAAGUAAGUCUUCCUAAGUGUGCAGGGUUUGCACUACAGUUAGGAUUCUACCUGAAGCUGUGCAGCUCUGGAGGAUUUCCUGGCCAUCGCUUCAUUUAUUCUCAUCACAACUGUCUUUAAGUGUCAAGUCAUUCUCUUUUAACAGUGAAAUAAUUCAAGUCAUUCAGUUCCCCAAGCUUGAGUUCCUUAUCAUCCCUGCUCUGGGCUCGCCCUUUGAGAGUGCUGCAACUCUUGUGUAAUAUUUAUAGUAAUCACAGACCCUUAAGACUAGGAAACAUUUCUCACAAUCUUCAGUGCAAUUAUGUUGAGGAGAUUUUGUUUGUUUUGUUUUUUUGAGACAGGGUUUCUCUGUUUAUCCCUGGCUGUCCUGGAGCUCACUCUGUCACCAGGCUGGCCUUAAACUCUCAGAGAUCCAUACCUCUGCCUCCCAAGUGUUAGGAUUAAAGGUGUGUGCUACCACACCCAAUAUAGGGGUUGUUUUUAUAUUCAUUAAAGCUAUUACGAAGUGUUUUAACAUAAUUGACAUAUUUCAAUAUGUAAUGUUGGCCUUAGGAGUCAAAUGCCUAAUGAAUUCUUAGACUUGUGCUGCUUAGUUGGGAAGUUUUUGAUGUUUUACCAUGGAUGCAAAAAUAAUGAAAUAUUGCUGAGAAUUCAUUUAUGUUUAAUUUAUUAUGUUAACUCAGACUUAAACAUAUGGGAAGGUUUGUUUGUUUCAAGUCAGAUUUCUCAAAUGCCUGUGCUGUUAAAUUGCUUAAGGAAUCGAUGUCAAAUGGGAUGGCUAGAAACUCCACUGACUGAACUAAAUGAAUUCUGCCAACCAUUAAAGACUCCCUCGAAUGGGGUUAUUAAAAUGGAGUAGUUUUCUCGGUGGGAUACUUCCAAGUUAAACAUUUAACAAAAGUUUGAAUAUGCCUAACGUUAAUAAAUGACCGUUGAAUAGUUUUAUCUUUGAACAAAGUAUCCCUCAGAAACUGAACCCCUUUUGUUGGCAGAUAUUGUUAUCUCUUCCUAUGCCGUCUAUUCCUGUAGCCGUGGUGCCUGGGCCAGGGCUGGUAUAUCUGACUCAGGCUUCGUCUACAAAUUCAGAUUUACAGUGAAAUUGUUCUUCUAGGUCAGAACAAUUUGGUUCUCAACCUGUGAGUCUCACACCCUUUGGCAAACUUUUUCUGUCUCAAAAAAUAUUUACAUUAUGAUUCAGAACAAUAGCAAAGUUACAGUUACGGAUAGUAAUGAAAUCAUUUUCUGAUUGGAGUCACCAUGAGGAACUGUAUCAAAGGGCUGCAACAUUAGGAAGGUUGAGAACCACUGCUCUAGGGAGAUGUGGGAGGCUGGGGAUGCUGUGUUGGGGUCUUCAGCAGAGGAAGCCCUUUCCAGAAUGCAUCUUACAUGCAGAGAAAAUAAAGUCAGUGAAGGCCCUGCCUCCCCAGAUAGAAGUGCUUACUCCCUGCCCACUUUCUCUCCCCUUUAUCUUGUCUGUACUUCUUCCUUCUCCAUGAAGUUCCUUUGGAACUCUCAAUAAAUUUAUUUUUCUUAC